GUGUGGGGCAGCUGGGUGGGAGCAGCAUGCAGACUACCAGCACCAAGUGGUUCGCCUCUGGGGGUGUGUGCAGAAGGCUCCAGGAUAAAUAGGAGGCUCCCAGCGCUGGGCGACACUGGAACCCGCUGGCUGCCCGCCCCGGGUGUUUCCCUGCCCUGUAGCGAGGCUGCCUGCUGCGUAGUUUCGUUUCCUCCUGGCUCAGGGAUUAGUUUCCAAGCACCCUCUCGGUGCCGGGGCCCGGGAAGGGCACGAAGAAGGAGCAGGGAGACUCUUCCAGGGGCUGCCCUGCCCCGCACAGCACGGUUGAUGGACCCGGCCGCCCCGGGCAGCGGCGUCAGCUCCCUGCCGCUGCUCCUGGUUCUUGCCCUGGGUCUUGCAAUUCUCCACUGUGUGGUGGCAGAUGGGAACACAACCAGAACACCUGAAACCAAUGGCUCUCUCUGUGGAGCUCCUGGGGAAAACUGCACAGGCACAACCCCCAGACAGAAACCAAAAAUCCACUUCUCCCGGUGCCCCAAGCAGUACAAGCAUUACUGCAUCCAUGGGAGAUGCCGCUUCGUGGCGGACGAGCAAACUCCCUCCUGCAUCUGUGAGAAAGGCUACUUCGGGGCACGGUGUGAGAGAGUGGAUUUGUUUUACCUCCAGCAAGACCGAGGGCAGAUCCUAGUGAUCUGCUUGAUUGUGGUCAUGGUGGUAUUCAUCAUUCUGGUCAUCUGUGUCUGCACCUGCUGUCAUCCUCUUCGGAAACACCGUAAAAAAAGGAAGGAAGAGAACAUGGAAACUCUGGGUAAAGAUAAAACUCCCAUAAGUGAAGAUGUUCAAGAGACCAAUAUUGCUUAAUGGUUACAAAGUUACCGCGCGCUGGUGGCGAGCUGCAAAACACCUUGCUCAUUUGCAGAUGGACAGGACGUGUCUCAGGAAAACAGCUAGCAGAAAUGAAUGUUUAAAUGUUGUAUUUACCUUUUCAUUUUAUUUGUAACUUUGUGUUGUUUGUUAUUGUUUUUAGUAAUAUUUUUUUUAUUAUGGUCUAAUAAUUGAGGACCUGGCGAGGUAGCAUUAAAAAGAAGGGACAUUUAAAAAUAAGCUUGGUUGCCAGGAUUAUUACUCAAAUAAAAGAGAAGUGGGCAAGAGGUUAGAUUUUUAAGAACUGAGUCAAUAACAGGGCUCACCAGUGUUACACACUUAUUGUAUGUUGAAUUUGGAAUACAUUAUUUACUUUUAUCCUCCAACAGUCUGUGAGAGAGCAUAUUUCUGUUCUCAUUCACAUAUAUGCAAAAGUUAAAUAAUCUCACUUAGACUUAGAGAUGGAGGAAUUGAUGGGGUCAGAACUGAGAUGGACCCAGAUUCAGAGCUGGCGCUCUUAUCAUUGUUGUUAAUUUGGGCUCCUGUAAUAAUGUAACCCAAGAUUUCUUUCUGGAUUGUGCUUUGCUAUGAUUCUGAGGUGGUAGGGCAGUUUUCCCACAUUAACACAGAAUAUGGAAUCAUGGCCAGUGCUGAUGUCAUCAUCAUGAUUUUUGAAAGUUGACUUCUAUUAUUAUUAUUAUUAUUAUUAUUAUUAUUAUUAUUAUUAUUUUGCUUUUCCAUAAAGUCUCAGUGGCAUGAGUAAAUUCUUAUAUUUUCAAAACAAACAGAUUUGUUCCAUAAUUAUAGUAAUAAAUAUAGAUGGAAAAGUAAAUGACUGGCUGGGCAGUGGUGGCGCACGCCUUUAAUCCUAGCACCCAGGAGGCAGAGGCAGGCGGAUCUCUGUG